AUGUCGUCACAAAACGACGUUCCUCUACGAACGGCGCACCAACAUGCAGCCAAUGCGGACGAGUUGUUUGCUCAAGGGUUGAUAGUAGCAGCGAUGCAGGAGCACAGCAAAGCUGCUGAAUCGUAUGCCGCUGCUGCAGCGCGAAGCAAUGACGAAGCUGCCAAGCGCACCUUGAACCUCCUCUACAACGAGCAAAGGAAGACGGAGAAGGACCUUCAGCGAAAGAUCGACAAACUGAAGCAAGACGGGAAGGACCCCACGUUACCCCAGAAGCCCGAACCUCGUCCUCCCCCAUCAUCCUACAUGGGCCCACGGUCCAACCCUUCCCCUCCCUCGUCCUCCCGCCCCAUGUCUGAUUCGCAAAACACCGUCGACGAGAGCUUCAUGGUCCUUGCUGGCCAGCGGUCGGAUCCUGGUGACGCGUUCAACCAGUUCUGGAACAUCAUGCAGGGCAUGCUGGACAACCUAUCCCAGCCCGUCGCGUUCGCCACGGCCCCCCUAGAGUCACCGGACGCGCGUUCGGCGCAUCGCAAGCUGCAGCGUGACGGCAGCCUGUCGAGCGAUACCGAUGGCGAAGAGAACAUGAUGUCGCGCCUAACCAAGCGCUUGGGUAUGAGCCGUCCUAGUACACUAGCGCAUGAGCUGCAGCGUCCUCCCGCGAAUGCUUACUCUGGCGAUACGGAAAAUGACUGGUCAAGCUCGGACGAUGGUGAGUUACUCAUCGUGGCCGCAGACUCGCUCUCUGGAUCUUUCCUCUUUAUACCCUCCGAAAACGAGCCCACGCCGCUCGAGAAGGAAAAUGCGGCCCUCAAGUCUGCGCUUGAAAGUAUGAAGCAACAGGUCGAGACGUUCAAGCAGCAGCUCGAGGCACGAAAACAGCACGAGAUUCAGUUGCGAGACAGCGUCUAUCUGGCUACGAGAGAGGUACGUCCAUUAUGUGGCGCCUCUCUACUGGACCCUGUUCCUCCAGGGCGUGAGAUACCGCCGGGUAUGCUCACAGGAAGGGAGGCUCAAUACGCCAAACGCGUCAAGGAAUUGGAGGACGAGCUCAAGGCGGCGAAAGCUGAGAACGAGAAGCAGAAAGCUUCGUUGAUCAAGUACAAGGAGAAAUGGGACAAGCUGAAAGAGUCGGCACGGCGGAAGAAGGAAGCCAAGGCUGCAGCGGGCGCGGUGAAGCAGCCCAUCGCGGAAGAUCCCGAGGGCGAGGAGCGGGCCGAGAAGGAGGAGGGUGCAUGA